AUGGCGCGCUUUUCCUCCACCGGCAGCAGCAUAAUAAUCCCCCGCGGGCGCCUCCGCCCCAAAUCUCGCCGUCGCCAUAUCCUCCCCCUCCUCGCCCUCUUACUUCUCUUUAGCAUCGCUUACUUUCUUCACUCCUCCUCCUCCUCCUCCUCCUCUCCUCCAUCAGCAGCACAUGCUGUCUCAGAGUUCGCCUGGCUACAACACCACAUGAACUCCCCUUUCCCCUCUCAAAGGAGAAACUUAGUCUCCAACACCUCUUUCGACUGGAGCUCCAUCCCCUACAAAUAUCCCCCGCCCUUUCCCCUCCGGGUCUUACCCCUACCCUCUGGCUUUCCCAUUUCUUUACCACCCAUCCAACACCAUUUUGGACCAGAAUCCCGAACAGCGCGCCAUAUCCGCGAAUCCCGACGACAGCAAGUCAAGCAAGUGUUCAUCAAGAACUGGAAAUCUUACCGCGAACGAGCAUGGAAAAAGGACGCUUUGCUGCCCAUUUCCGGGGGAUAUAAAGAUCAAUUCUCCGGAUGGGCCGCUACGCUAGUUGACGCACUGGAUACGCUCUGGAUCAUGGGGUUACGGAGUGAAUUCGACGAGGCAGUCGCAGCCGUAGCCGAGAUCGAUUUUGGAGUUGUGCAAGAAGGAAGUGGAAACAGAGUGAAUACCUUUGAGACUAACAUUCGGUACUUGGGCGGACUUUUAGGGGCGUAUGACCUUAGUCACAGGGAUAUACUAUUGAUCAAGGCGCGCGAGAUUUUGAGCGGGCCAAGGAGGGAAAAGAAGGGGUUGGAAGUGGAAGAGACAGUAGUGAGCGCUAGUCCGGGAACACUCACGCUGGAAAUGACGAGGCUGGCGCAGGUGAUGGGGGACAUGCAGUAUUACGAUGCGGCGGCGAGGGUGAUGGAUGUUUUUGAGCGGGGGCAGAAUCGCACCAAAAUCCCGGGGUUGUGGCCUGUCUAUGUGUCGAUGGCGAGGCAGGACGUAGUGCCGACGAGCGGGAAUCAGUUUGGCGUGGCGGGGGGUGCGGAUUCGUUGUAUGAGUAUUUGCCCAAGAUGUAUGCGCUUACGGGGGGGUUGGAGACGCGGCCGAUGGUGCCGGGGAAUGAGGACGUCUUGAUGAUUGGGACGGCGGAUGUCAUGAUUAAUAAGAAUGGGAAGGAGGAGGUGGUGCUGAAUCCGGAGAGCGAGCAUUUGGGGUGUUUUGUGGGAGGGGUUUAUGGACUUGGUGGGAGGUUGUUUGGGAGGCCGGAGUGGGUGGAGAACCAGGGCAUCAAGAUCACAAAGGGGUGUGUGUACGCUUACAGGGCGAUGCCGACGGGGAUGAUGCCCGAGAGGUAUAACAUGGUGCCUUGUCCGUCACGCGAUGAUGUGAGUUGUUGGUGGAACGAGGACGUGUGGAAGAGGGAGAAGAAGAAGAGGCUUGAGUGGAAGCAACAUCUACCAAAGGGGUUCACGACGGCGAAGGAUCCGAGGUAUAUCCUGCGACCAGAGGCUAUUGAGAGCGUGUUUGUCAUGUGGAGGAUUACAGGCAGACAGGAGUUCCAGGAGGCGGCGUGGGAUAUGUUUACGGCUGUGAGCAAUGCGACGGAAACCGAGUUUGCGAAUGCGGCCGUGUUGGAUGUGACCAAGGCCGAGUAUCCUCUGCCAAAGGAGGAUUACAUGGAGAGCUUUUGGUUGGCCGAGACACUCAAGUAUUUCUACUUGGUCUUUUCGCCGCCAGAUGUUAUCAGUCUCGAUGAUUUCGUCUUGAACACCGAGGCGCAUCCGUUUCGAAGGCCAAAGAAGCCACGGGUCGAUCGCCCAUUGAAGAUGUAA